AUGGGCGAAGCGGAAGAUAGCAUGGAUCUACUAACAAGCGCCCUGGAAGGGUCGAUGCAAGUUGAUCCGGACGGAAUGGGCAUGCAUCCUCACUUUUCUGCCAAGUACAAAAAUACAUCAAAGCUCGCAGACGCCCAAGCCAGUCGUCGAGCUGCGGCUUUGGAGCGACAACGAUGUGGUCGAGAGGAUCUACAUAAUAGGAUUCGCAAAAUUGUCGAUAACGAGCCUUUUGAUGAGGAUGAAGAAGUGGACGAAGAAGAUAAGUCGAUGGACACCCAGUCUCCCGUUGAAUGGAAAAAACGAGCACAAACAGUCCGAUACAGGGGUCAGCUGAUGACAAGCGAAUGGCUCGUCGACAUACCCGAGGAACUAUCCAGCGACUGGACGAUGAUGGCCAGCCCGGUCGGCCGUCGUUGCCUUGUUGUGGCCCGCAAUAAGAUAACGAGCGUCUACAAGAAAACCGGCGAAUUGCUCACACAGUUUGUGUCCGGGCUCCCUGGCGGCGGCAAAAGUAAUCACGGCCAAUGCACCAUUCUCGACUGCAUCAUGGAACCGCACCCGAAAAAUGUUUUGUGGUGCCUCGACGUGCUUUCCUGGAACGGCAUGCUGUGUUCGGAUAACGACUUUCUAUUCCGCCAUUUCUUUUUGACUUCGCGUUUGGAAGAAAAUCCGGGCCUGCGCAAAAGUUCCGCCAAGUGCAAGUUUACGUUCCGGGACGCCCCAACAUGCCCAUGCAUAAAAGAAAAGAUGGAAGAGUUCAUGCAACAAAAGUUCGACUUCGAUCUCGACGGCCUAUUAUUUUAUUAUUCAGAGGGAUUUUACGUCGCUGGUCAGACUCCCUUGGUCGGUUGGUUGAAGCCGUUUAUGUUGACGCCUGAGCUCGGGGUUGCCGUCCCCAGUACCUACAACUUCAACGCCGGCGGCAAGAACACGAGUCAAUUUAUCGCAGAAUUCAACGAGAAGCACAAGCACAAAUCGCUGGUCGACGCCAAACCGGAGGAUAAUGGAGUGAAGAAGGGAGAAGAAGAGGAAAUGAAC